AUGGCGCCCGCACCCACGUCCAACGUCAAGAUCGCCUUUGGGUGCAUGACGUUCGGCCGCGCCGGCGUCGAGCAGGCGCGCGUCCACGACAUUGACGAGUGCCGCGCCAUCCUCGACAUUUUCGCCUCGCACGGCCACACCGAGCUCGACACGGCGCGCAUGUACGGCUCCGGGUCGAGCGAAGAGUACCUCGGCCAGAUGGGCCUCGCCGACGCCUCCAAGAGCGCCUUCCGGAUCGCCACCAAAAACUUUCCCUCGGCGCGCCUGCCCGUCAUCAAGAUGGAUGCCUACGACCACUCGGCCAAGGACAUCGCGCGAUGCAUCGAGGAUAGCCUGCGCGCCCUCCAGACGGACAGCGUCGACCUCUACUACCUCCACGCCCCCGAUCGCCAGACGCCCUUUGCAGAGACCCUAAAGGCCCUCGAUGACCAGUACCGCCUCGGACGCUUCCAGCGCUGGGGCCUGUCCAACUACACGGCCGCCGAGGUAGAGCAGAUCCUCGACCUCUGCGACAAAAACGGCUGGAUCAAGCCCACCGUCUACCAGGGCGUCUACAACGCCAUUACGCGCUCCGCCGAGCCCGAGCUCUUUCCCGUGCUCCGCAGGCACCGCAUGGCGUUCUACGCCUUCAAUCCGCUCGGCGGCGGCCUCUUCACGGGCGCCCUCGCCCGCGACGCCGCCGUCGAGGCCGGAUCCCGCUUCGACCCGGACCGCGUCCAGGGACAGAUGUACCGCAAGCGCUACUGGAACGACACCUAUUUUGACGCACUCGACCAGAUCCGCGCCGUCGCCGACAAGCACGGCCUCACCAUGGCCGAGAUCGCGCUGAGGUGGAUGACGCACCACUCGCAGCUCCACCGCGACCACGGCGACGCCAUCCUCAUCGGCGCCAGCUCGACGCGCCACAUUGAACAGAACCUAAAGGACCUCGAAAAGGGUCCCCUCGACCCCGACGUCGUCGCCGCCGUCGACCGCGCCUGGGAGAGCGUCAAGCCCCACGCACCGCCCUACCACCACUGA